AUGGUUUCCCUCUCUUUUCCAGGGCUGGAAAAGUUUGAGGGCUGGUACCUGCACAGCCGGGACUACAAAAGCCCACAGCCCUUUUCAGGGAAGCGGGUGGUCGUGAUUGGCACCGGGAAUUCAGGCGUCGACAUUGCAGUGGAGCUGAGCCACACAGCCAAGCAGGUCUUCCUCAGCACCAAGCGUGGGACCUGGGUGCUGUACCGGGUGGCGGAGGGCGGGUACCCCUCCGAUGUCUCCUACAUCAACCGCUUCACACAGCUCCUCUGGGGAGUGCUGCCCAGCAAAGUCUCCUCCUUUUACCUGGAGAGGAAGAUGAACACCCGCUUCAACCACACGCUCUAUGGCCUCCAGCCCCAGCACCAGAUCUUUGACCAGCACCCGACUGUCAGCGAUGACCUGCCCAACCGCAUCAUUUCAGGCAGGGUGCUGGUGAAGCCAAACAUCCAGGAGUUCAUGGAGACGUCUGCCAUCUUCGAGGAUGGCACCAGGGAAGAUAUCGACGCCGUGGUCUUUGCCACGGGAUACAGCUUCUCCUUCCCCUUCCUUGAGGGCUGCGGGAAGGUGGUGGAGAACGAGAUCCCCCUCUACAAAUUCAUGUUCCCUCCCGACCUGGAGAAGCCAACGCUGGCUUUCAUUGGCCUCAUCCAGCCCCUGGGUGCCAUCAUGCCCAUGUCUGAGCUUCAGUGUCGCUGGGCCACCCGCGUCUUCAAGG